CCCCUGACCUCUGUCUGGACAGUGCUGAUUGGCCCUAGGCUGAUCACAUGCAGUCUAAGAAAAAAAAAAACAUCUAUCAAUACACACCAAACUGAGCAUGUGUAAAGUGUCUCCACACGAUAUGUCUUAUCAGGAGAUAAGAAGGGGACACUGGAAGAAGGGGAGGAUUAGAGAAGGCAGGAUCAAACAACGGUUUUACACAAUGCAGGGGAUUAACCCCGUAGGUUCCUCAGAGAGUAUAACAAGCAUGCUUUACUGCACAGGAGUGGACUGACAACUCAUGGGGCCCCUGGGCAAUAGAGGAUCAUGGGGCCCCUGUGUCCUUGCCCACACUCAGA